GAAAAGACUGCUCUAUUCCUAUAUAUGCGGCAAAUGAAUAAAGAGGCUCAAAACGAGAACUUUAUUCCAAAGAAAAGUGGAAAAAUAUAGCAGUCUCACACAUCAGCCAAGUCAUCUUUUAGUUUUUGUUUCCAUCUUGAUUUGAUCAAACAAGUGUCCCCAAAUCCAGUUUUCUACAUUCGCCCGAAUUUAACAUCAAGUCUUGAUCAGCGGCAGCAAAUAAUAGUAUUCCAGUGCUCGUUCUGGGCAGAACUGAACUUCUUGUGGAAUGAGUGGAAAAUAUUUUGUGGUAAUCAGCCUUUAUUUGGUGGGACCAUCUCGGGCCAACAUCGAUCCAAGUCUUCUGGCAGAGAUUUUUGGACCGGCGCCACUUUCCGCACCCACUAAAGGCAUCAAUCCUAUUUCGGACUCUGGUCAGCGAUUAGAUAUCGACAAAGAAUGUCAGAGAAUGGAGCCUUGUGUCUUAUGUCUUGGAUUCGGCAUCAAUUUCGAUCACCAAGGGCACAUGUGGGAUUGUCAAGACAAAUGUGGGGAAAGGGUGGUUACCAUCGAGAAUUAUAACCACGAGAGCAAUUGCUACAUUUCUUUUGGUGGGGAGGCUUGCAUCACGGAAUUUCUCUUGCCCAACGAAUACGGAACGAUUCUUGCCAAACCGAGGAAAAACGCUUGUCUGAACCAUGGAAGUGUAAUGGAAAAUGGGAACGUCUUUGAAGGCGAGUUGAGCGGAACUUGUCAGAAUGACGAGCCUAAAGUGACGGAGACAGGCUAUACGUUCAUCACCGCUCAGACCGAGACCAAGAAGAAGGCCAAUGGAUUUGGGACCUUAACCUUCAAAGAAAAUGACCCUUUUGACCGACAUCUCUACCAAGGAGUGUUCAGAUGUGGCCAAAGACACGGGCAAGGCUUUUUAAAGUGGAAUGACGGAUCAACUUACGUCGGUCAAUUUGUAAAUGGCACCAAAAGCGGCGAAGGAAAAAUGAUCUACUCCAAUGGGGAUAGUUAUGAGGGCUCUUGGGCCAAGGACGUCAAGGAAGGACGUGGUGUCUAUGCUUGGAAGGGUUCGGGAUUUAAAUACAUUGGGUAUUUUGUGGAAGGUCAGAGGGAAGGCCGAGCCGAGGUCUAUGGAGCAUCUGGUCAAGAAACGCCGAUUUUUGAAGGCAUUUACGCCAAAAAUGUUAAAGCUGAAGGCAUGGCGAGGUUAAAAAAUGGUGACACUUACACAGGCCCAUUCAAAGAUAAUCAAUUCCAUGGACAAGGCAUCUACAAAGAAGCUUGUGGCAACGUAUACGUCGGCGAGUUUCUGAAUGGACUUAAACACGGACUAGGAAAAUUUACUUGGGCCAAUGGUGUCGUUUACGAAGGAUUGUUUUCUAAUGAUUUUCCUCAUGGCAAAGGGACCAUUACGUGGAAAGAUGGGACAUGUAUCCUAGGAUCAUUUGACAAGGGCAUCCUGAAAUUGCAACUCGGGGAUUGUUACACAGAGCAAGGCUAUUAAAACUAACCAAGAACUCGACGCACUGAUUUGCUGUUUCCCGGUUAUUAAUAUAUAAAGGCAUCUAUAAAAUAUAUUUUUGCACACA